AACUUUGAUCGUCAGGCUACAGACAAGUGCCUAAACAGCCGCAUCUUUCUUCCAUGCUCUGCUUAUAAAAAAACUAGAAAAGAUUUCUUCAUCCACAUUCACGGGGAGUGAGAAAGAGAGAUGAAGCAUCUGGCUUUGGCACUUGUUUUGGCCAUUUUGAUCCACCGACAGUGCUUUCACAUUGGAGUUGAAGCAGGAGAUGGUUUCAUCAGAACCAGAGGAAUUCAUUUUCUAUUAAAUGGAAAUCCUUACUAUGCGAAUGGCUUCAAUGCAUACUGGUUGAUGUAUGUGGCUUCUGACCCAUCUCAGAGACCCAAAGUUUCUGCUGCCUUUCGUGAGGCCUCAAGCCAUGGCCUCACUGUAGCUAGAACUUGGGCUUUCAGUGAUGGUGGCUACAGACCCCUGCAGUACUCUCCUGGCUCCUACAAUGAGCAAAUGUUUAAGGGCUUAGAUUUUGUUAUAGCUGAGGCCAGGAGGUAUGGGAUUAAGCUCAUAUUGAGCUUGGCGAACAACUACGACAGCUUUGGAGGGAAAAAACAGUAUGUGAACUGGGCAAGAAAUCAGGGGCAGUACCUGUCAUCUGAAGAUGAUUUUUUUAGGAAUCCUGUCGUUAAGGGUUACUACAAGAACCAUAUAAAGACUGUUCUGUCCAGGUAUAACAGCUAUACUGGAAUUCAUUACAAAGAUGACCCAACAAUCAUGGCUUGGGAGCUUAUGAAUGAACCUAGAUGCACAUCGGAUCCUUCAGGGAGGACUAUUCAGGCUUGGAUAACUGAAAUGGCUUCCUAUGUAAAGUCUAUUGAUAGAAAUCACCUGCUGGAAGCUGGUUUAGAAGGGUUUUAUGGGCAAUCCACGCCUCAGAGGAAGGGACUUAAUCCUAGUCUCGAAAUCGGAACAGAUUUCAUUGCAAAUAAUCAAAUCCCUGGCAUCGAUUUUGCAACGACACACUCAUACCCUGAUCAAUGGUUACCCAGCUCAAAUGAUCAAUUUCAGCUUUCGUUCUUGAACAAUUGGCUCAACGCCCACAUCCAAGAUGCACAGUACAUUCUUAGGAAGCCAAUACUUCUUACAGAAUUUGGGAAAUCCUGGAAAGUUGCUGGUUUCAGCACAUACCAAAGAGACCUGCUGUUUAAUACUGUGUACUACAAGAUAUACUCCUCAGCUAAAAGAGGAGGUGCAGCUGCUGGAGGUCUGUUCUGGCAACUUCUAAGUGAAGGCAUGGACUCUUUCCGUGAUGGGUAUGAGAUAGUUCUGAGCCAAAGCCCCUCAACUGCAAACAUCAUUGCCCAACAGUCUCACAAACUUCACCAGAUUCGGAAGUUUUUUGAAAGAAUGAGAAACAUUGAGAGGUGGAAGAGGGCAAUGGCCACCAGAAGGGCUCAAUGGUUGGCUAGAAACAGAGGAAGGCGUAUCGGCAACUAAGAUAAUAAUCGUGUGGACUAUGUUCUAUGUCUAAGUAAACAUAUCUAAUUGUGUGGCCUUUAAGGUUUCCAAAACUGGUUUGGUUUCCCUCUUAGAGACUGAGUGUUUUUUGUCCAGGAGGGUAGCUUCUAGUACUAAACAACGUAACUUUUCUAUAAUUCUGUACUUUGUGUGUGUUGUCGGCUAAGUUGUUCAGCCAACUCUGUUUGUAACAAACUGCAGAGCCUGGAACUUGUUUGUUCCACCAUAUUAUGACUUUUACAUCAAAUGAAACUGUUGUAGCUUGUUUACUA